CCAAAGAAAAAAUGGACCGUUGCUACCAAACCUAAUUUCAAAAUCUCACCAACUCCUACAACUGCUUGAAAGCUGAAAAGAAUUCAAGAAAUCACCAGCUCCUAUUCUCUCUCGUUACAUUUCUCCAAAAAUAAGGAAAAAUGGUGUCUAAAAUCAUCAAAAGAACUCCCACAAAGUCCAUUAAGAAUCGUAGAAAUCUCCCGAGCCAUCUUCGCCGUAGCAAGAAGAAAUCCCCAUCAGCUAAAAAUGCAGCUUCUGUAGUUGUUGCAUCCAUUAACAAAUCCUUGUACACUUGUCAUCGCCGUCUUAUUAAACUCUUUUCGAAAUUCACCCGCAUUGCUACUCCUAAGAAAACUCCCAAAAAACAAGGAUAUCAGCUUCUUGGUAAAGUUUUUGAUGAAUCUGCAGCAAAUGGGGACAAUCUGAGGCGAUCGCUUUUUGAUGGCGGAAAUGCCCUUCCCCCAUUGGUGUCACGUGAUAAAAAAACCAUUUUUCUUGACUUGGAUGAGACUUUAGUGCAUUCUAAGCCAAACCCACCUCCAGAAAAGUACGAUUUCAUUGUUAGGCCGGUGAUUGAUGGACAUAGAGUAGAGUUCUAUGUGUUGAAGAGACCAUUUGUGGAUGAGUUGUUAGAGUUUUUGAGUGAGAAGUUUGAGGUUGUUGUGUUCACUGCUGGGCUUAAGGAGUAUGCUUCUCUUGUUCUUGAUAGAAUAGACAGAAAAGGUUUGAUUUCGCAUCGAUUGUAUAGGGAUUCUUGCAAGGAAGUUGAUGGGAAGUUUGUGAAGGACUUGUCUGAUAUGGGGAGAGAUAUGAAGAGAGUGGUGAUCGUUGAUGAUAACCCGAAUUCUUACCUUUUUCAGCCGGAAAAUGCUAUUCCGAUUAGGCCAUUUACCGAUGAUCUUGGUGAUGGGGAGCUCAAGAAGCUCAUUGAGUUCCUUAAUGGAUGUGUUGAAGUUGAAGAUAUGAGAGAUGCUGUGAAGGUUUAUCUUGCUGCUGAAGAAGAAUACGCAUCAGUGGAAAUCUGAUUUGAUUUUUUAAUUUUUUAUGCUUAAUUUACUUUUUAUUUGCAUUUAUUUGGUUCCUUUUUUCUGGAGGAUUAAUGUAAUAGGUUGAACACUUUUGUGUUCAAUUGGAAAUGAGAAAUGAAAUUGGGAACUGUAUACAAUUUGGAAAAGUUUAGUGGUAAACUGUGUCCUCUUUUGUUCUCC